AUGCCAACGGUUAAAACGGGAAACAACGCAACUUCUUUUCACGAUAUGAAAAAUAAAGUAAUUUCAAAUAAGACGAACAAAUGUCGUUUAAAACAAAUACGCGACAAUAAUAAACGAGAAGUCAAUUUAAAUUAUGAAGAUAAUGAACGUAAACUUCAUUUAAAAAGUACACCUGAUCUUCGUGAUAAUACCGACUAUGAUAACAAUAAAUCAAAUAACGCCAACGGAUUAAAAACUAAUGUAAAUUUGAAAAAACCUCAUCGAAUAUUCACUUCAGCUGCUUCAAAAAUUAACCUACAACGUCCCCGAACAAAAUCUGAUAAGAAACAACGAAGUCAAUCUAAUCCACGUCCGGUAAUUAGUAGACCUAUACCUUCAGAAAGUUCUCAGUUUAAUAAACCUACACAAGACUUAACUUCAUUACAAUUUGUGAACACCAUUGGGCCUCAUAAAACGAAUAGACAAACAUUGUCGCCACUGCUAACAUCACAGGUACCACAAAUCAAAUUGAGUAACUUACGUCCAGUAUCCGUGACAGGUAAUGAAGAGGUUGGAAUAUGGACUGAAAAGCCAGUGGAAUCUGCACAGCCUAGAAGUAAAACUAUAAUAAACCAACUAAUGGAAUGUGACUUAAAUUCAAUAGAAAAUUGUUCGAUUUGUCAUAAAAUAAUGCCAGUAAAUGAACGUUAUGAUUUAGUUGAUCAAGUGAUACAUCGUAAUUGUUUCAAAUGUUCAAUAUGUAAUGAAACAUUAACUGAUAAAAGUGCAAUAUUUCAAAAUGAUCAUUCAUUGACAUCAACAACAAUCUUAGCACAAAAACAAGAGAUUGAUGAGAAAAGUGAAAAUGGGAAUAAAGAUACUAAAAAAUCUGACCUUGAACGACGAAUAUCAAAUGCCAGUGGUGGACGAAUGGGAAAUAUUAGAAAUAAGUUUGAAUCAGGUGAAGUGAAUAGUGAUAAAAGGAAGAACAAAAAGAAAUCUGCACCAAAAAUGAAAUAUGCCGGUGUGGAAUCAGUUAAAACAAAAUUUAUUGAAGAAGCUACAAAGGCUACAAUGAGUAAGGUUGAAGAUGGACCUAGGAAACCAAAGGAAUUCACUCCACCACCGGAUGGUGUUGCUGUUGGUAUAUUGGAAAGUAAUCCAAAGCCAAGAGCACCAGAUGUGGUUACAUCGGACGAUAUGUUUGAACCAGUGGAUUUAAAAGAGAUUAGUGAAAAAACAAAAAAUUUGAGGGCGAAAUUUCGAAAUAUGGAAGCAACUGGUGGACAGAGCAUUGAUGGAGAGAAUCGUAAAAAAAGUUCAUUCAUUGAUGAAUCAAUUACAGUUGCACCGGAAGCUACAAAAAAUGCAAGAGCACGAUGGAAGGAUAUUGAAAGUGGUAAAACUGAAAAAGAUGCAUUAUCAGAACGUCCGAAACUUGAUAUCCAUGACGGUUAUGGAGGUGUUUAUGAAAAUGAACCUGAAAAAUUUGAAAAUAUUGCUAGAGCUGGUGAAACUAAAAAAGACCUACCAUCUGGUGUAAGUGCUAAAGAAAGACGUGAAUUAUUUUUGAAGAAAGCUGCUGAUACUUCCGUUGUAAAGAGAGAUAGUAUAAAAGUGAGUAAAUGUAUCUAAGUGAUUAUUGAGAUGAAAGUAAUAAAAAAGUUUGUUUUAACUAGUUCAGGAUAAUCGAUUACUUGUUUAAGUUAACUAAAGAGCGUAGUACUUUACAAAUAACUUAAUUUACUAUAAUACUGUAGUUUCAUUUUUAAUUUUUCAUCACCCAUAAACUUUAUUAUAUGUUAGAGCAAAGCCUAAUGUUCCAGUUCACAAUAUGGAAAUUCUUAAGUCACUUGAGGAAUCCGUUUGCAAUUAAGGUACUCAAUAAGUUCCUAACGUUUAAUGCCCGUCUCAUAGAAGCUAAAAACUUCGUUGGAAUUGGUUAAUGAUUAACUAUGGAAAUAGAAUAAAUCAACUGGAUACUGGUGUGCAGUUUGAGAAUUUAGUUCCACAAAGAACAGAUUUGGUCUCCACCUUACUCCAUGAACUUACUAGAUUUAAGAGCGUUGGUUGAUAUCUACCAACAAUACAAAUAUCGUAAAUAUACCGUGAAAUCACUAAUUACCGAACAACAUCGAGAAGCUUUACACAAGCUUAGAAAAUAU